CCGCUAAACCAGCGAAAAGGACAUAAAAAAACCUACGCAACAAUCAUCUUGUCCAUAUUGACCAGGAUCAAGGAUGACUCCCCUGGUCAUGGUGACAUCCUGCCCCCCAACUAGGCUUCUUGCCUCUUUACUCCAUCGGGGAACUCAGCAGGCUAGCAAGUUUCAGCUGCACACAGGGACCCCCUGUGCUGUCAAGGACUACUAUGAGGUGCUGGUCCUGGGCGGGGGCUGUGGUGGGAUUGCCAUGACCUCCCGAAUGAAGAAAAAAGUGGGUGCUGAAAAUAUAGCCAUUAUUGAGCCUAGUGAGAAACAUUUUUACCAGCCUCUGUGGACCCUGGUCGGUGCUGGUGCCAAACAGCUGUCAUCAUCUGGUCGUUCCAUGGCAAGUGUUAUUCCUUCAGGAGUAGAGUGGAUCAAAUCCAGAGUGGUAGAUCUGGAACCUGACAAAAACUGUGUCUACAUUGAUACUGGCAAAGAGGUAACUUAUCCCUUCAGGACCCUUCCUGUAUCCUUGUCAUAUAAAGUUAAGUUUUUUUUACCUUCUUUGUCUAAUUUGAUUCAGAUCAAAGGUUUGCCUGAAGGUUUUAGAUAUCCAAAAAUAGGAUCUAAUUAUUCUUCUAAAACUGUGGAGAAAACAUGGAAGGCUCUGCAGGACUUCAAGGAGGGCAAUGCUGUCUUUACUUUCCCAAAUACUCCCAUCAAGUGUGCAGGGGCUCCACAGAAGAUCAUGUAUUUGUCAGAAGCCUACUUCAGGAAGACAGGAAAGCGAUCCUAUGCCAAUAUAAUAUUUAAUACUUCCUUGGGAGCCAUUUUUGGGGUUAAGAAGUAUGCAGAUGCCCUAGAAGAAAUUAUCAAGGCCAGGAACCUCCAAGUGAACUACCGGGAAAACCUCAUUGAAGUUCGGCCAGACAAACAAGAGGCAGUGUUUGAGAACUUGGACAGUCCUGGUGAGACCAAAGUGAUUUCGUAUGAGAUGCUUCAUGUCACUCCACCCAUGGGGCCACCAGAUGUGAUCAGGGAAAGUCCUGUUGCAGAUGCUGCUGGCUGGGUAGAUGUUGACAAAGAAACUCUACAGCACAAGAAAUACCCAAAUAUUUUUGGAAUUGGAGACUGUACCAACCUUCCCACAUCCAAGACGGCUGCUGCAAUAGCUGCCCAAUCUGGAAUACUUGACAAAACAAUUUCCAAGAUAAUGAGGAAUGAAAAACCAGUCAAUAAGUAUGAUGGCUAUACAUCUUGUCCACUUGUUACGAACUACAACAGAGUGAUACUUGCUGAGUUUGACUAUAGCGCUCAGCCUCUAGAAACUUUCCCCUUUGAUCAGAGUAAAGAACGACUCUCCAUGUAUGUUAUGAAAGCUGAUAUGAUGCCUUUUCUCUAUUGGAAUGGACUGCUAAAGGGCUACUGGGGGGGCCCAGCCAUUUUGCGGAAGGUACUACAUUUGGGUAGGAUUUAGAGAUGAAAGAAGACCUGUGUUCCUGACAAGUCUCUUCCAAUACAGGGUUUUUGCCCCCCAAACCACUGCCUCUGACCCAAAGCAGAAUGAAGGGCUUAAAGCUUAAUCCUUUAAAUAACUUGUAUCCUCAUGACAGCUUUCUUCAUCAUUUGUCUUUUAAAAAGCCAUCUUGCUUUGUCAGAUCCUUAUUUCAUGACACAUGUGCACUGGUGUUGAUAUUGAUACCAGAAGCUUAUUAUCUUGAUGGUGGGAAAGAAAAGCCACACCAUGAUUUCUCCCUAUUAUAAAUAUUCAGAACCAGGCUUACAUAAUUUAUUUUAAAAAAGCAAGUUAUAGAUCUCCAACUUAAUCAGAGGUUUUUUUUUUUAGCAUUUUUUUAAUGGGUUUUAGGUGAGGCUGAUUCUUAGAUAAAUGACUAAAAUGCCAAAUUGGGACAAGCAUUGUUUUCAGACUAUGUCUAAUCACAAGACUUCUGAAAUGGUGAGCAUUCCUCUCUCAUCCCUUUCAAAGGUGAAUGGUAACUUCUAACCCUGUGGACAUUUUAUUGAAGCACAUUAAAUGGAUUUGGUGUGCUGAGUCUA